GUUUUUGGGACAUGCCGCGAAGAGACUCAUCGCCAGAUGAUUGCCAACGAGACAAUCAACGAAUAUUUUAAUGAAUGGGUGUGUGGCUAGGCUAGGCGAGUGAAGAGCCAGCUCAGUGUUUCUUCCGUCUUGGAAUAGUUGGGAAGCACUCGCGGAAUAAAAUUCAUCAAUUUAACAAAUUGCCGUCAUCAUGUGGCUGAUUGGGAAUUUUUGGAAUGUGACUUGACUCCCUGUGGCUCGUGCGGAUUAAUCGUGUGUAAUGUUGAUGAGUUGAGGUUAUUAUAUAUUUGGUGAGUGCCAUUUUUCGCGCUCUUCGCUCAUCAUCUUUGUGACGUAAGCGCCCCCUCUCUGUCAUCUGUGGCGCAAGCGAUUCCACGGUUUUACCACCGAAUAAAUAUAACACUUUUUUUUUUGUUUUGUGGUUUUGUUGCCAUUGCCGUUGUGAUAACCACCGGUUUUGUUUAUGGAUUUCGACAAUUGUUUAUGGUGAGACUCGAGGUGGUGUGAAGUUGUUGGUUUAGUGGUCGACGAGUGAUCACCGGAACCGGGAACGAGGAAGACGCUGAUUCAAAGAGGUGUCGGUUGUGUCUGGUUGACGAGGAUUUUUCUACUUGGUUCAAGGCUUUGGGCAAAGAGAGAUAAUUGUCACAAGGUGGGAGGCGGUGGACACUGGACGGUGAUUUUGGAUGUUAGCAGGCGCGGAGGUGGCUAAACAAGCCCCACCGCAAGGUACAGGUCCCAAUGCCGGUCCCUGUAUCGCAAACCCUGACGCUCACCUCCAGUCUUGUACCCAAGGAGGAGUCAAACAUGCCCUUCAUAGAUGAUGAACUGCUCUGGUGCCCCGAUAACGAUGGGAAGAUGGUGGAUCUGACGCAGUGCCUCCAGGAAAGUAGUACUGGCCAGUCGGUUGAAUUCUCCACGAUGGAGUUGAAUGCUCUUGUCGGUGCACCAGCUGCCCCAACCCAUGUGCCUUCAGAGGAAGCUGAGGGUAUGUCAGGGGUUAACGAAGAGCCCUUCGAUCCACUCGACACUUUUCUCCGAGAAUUGCAGGCGGAUCUCGCUGAGGCAAGUCAACCAACAUCAACAACAACAUCAACCGUCAAUUCUUACAGGCGGCAGAGGUACAAUAUCGCCGCGGCAAAUCCACUUUUAGCAGAAAAACUGGCUGCACCAUCGACGCAAGUAUCUCCGUCCUCCUCGAUGCCUUAUACCGCGAGGGCAGACAUCAAAACAGAGAACCUCAUGCCUGAAACCAGUAAAGUGGAUACGCGGGAGGUCCAGCCACAUGAUACGAAUGGAGAUAAGGAGUCGUUGGGACUGGCAACAGUGAAAGCUGAACCUGGCAGCACAACAGGAGCUAGAUUACUUCAUGGAAUAUUGUCUCAACAUCCACAACAGCAUCUUGGGGUACAGAGUGGUUAUGGGAGACAUCUGUCGAGUCAUGGACAGCUUGGACAACCACCUUACAGCUCAAAUGGAAUUGCCAAUAGUACGCCAGGGAGUGGAUCACUGCCAGCGAGUCCUGCCGACAGCGGUGUGAGUGACGUAGAGUCGAGUACGUCGUCAGGUGGUAAUGAAGACGCUAAUCUUUUGCUCAAAGCGAGACUCAAUCCAAACUCAUCCCUCCAACCGAAUCUCGCCUCUCACCACUCUCAUUUGCCCUCAGCAAUUGGCAGAUCGGCAUGCCACAGCCCAGGGGUUUAUCCGUCCUCCACAGGAUUCUUGCCACCCUCUUAUCAUCCACACCAGCACCACAACUCUCAGUACCAUCCACACAGAGGUGGCUCACCUCAUCAUCCUCACAGUAGCCACAAUAUGCCGUCAACGAUGGGACCACCACAUCAUCAUCAUCAUCAACAAACCCAAAGUCUUCAGCAUCUGCAUUAUCGUCAGCCACCAACGCUAUCAGAGAGCUACAACAGCUACGUGAACUCGAUGUACGGUGGGGGUCAGUUUGCAGCGCCGUGCACGCCCUCGCCGCCGCGCGGUCCAGGCGGUGUGCCGACGAGUGUGAUCCAGGCAGCAACGAGCUCAGUAUCGGACGAUCUCUACCUCCUGGAGCUCGGUUUCCCCCCGCGGGCAAAGAAAAGUAAACUGAAGAAGGCGCGCCAGGCGGACGGUGCGGCAGUGAAGCGAAAAUCCCGCGAGGGCUCAACAACUUAUCUCUGGGAAUUUCUCCUGAAGCUCCUCCAGGACCGCGAGUACUGUCCCCGCUACAUAAAAUGGACAAAUCGCGAGAGAGGUGUCUUCAAACUCGUCGACAGCAAGGCAGUGUCACGGCUGUGGGGUCUCCACAAAAACAAACCAGACAUGAACUACGAGACAAUGGGACGUGCCCUGAGAUACUACUAUCAGCGUGGUAUACUAGCCAAAGUCGAUGGCCAGAGGCUCGUCUAUCAGUUCGUCGACGUACCCAAGGACAUAAUCGAGAUUGAUUGCACUGGUGCGUGAGAUAAGGCCUAUCCCCUGUGGAUAAUUGCUAAUUGUCGCAACGACACUCACAAAAUUCCACUGUGGCACGUACCCCAAACUUAAACCCCCUGACCAAUCUCGCGGGAGAAAAUGAAUUAUCCCCUCAUAAUUUUCUAAUCCUCUGUUAUUUCAUAAUUUAUAUAAAAUUGUUAUCUCGUCAUUUGAGGGGAUGAUGGCAAAAUUGUACAUUCGAUAAAUUAUUUAUUGUAUAUUGGACUUAUAAUUGUUGAUGGAUCGAGAUGAGAAAGGGCUGUAGACUAUAUGAAACGAAUUGUGGGCUGUGACAAGGUUUACGCGAGGGCUGAGAGGUCAGGGGGUGUUUUUUUUUUUUCCUAGUAUCCAUCAGUGAAAUUAAUCUCGAUGACCAACGAUUGGUGCUGGCUGACACGCGGUCCAAAAAGAGUUUUACUUAGUGAAAGAAAAGCGUGAAAAUUCGGGAAAAAAAUGGUAUAAUGUUAAUGGUUCAUAGAAUUAUCGAGACCACCUGUCUCUGUAUAUAUUAUAUAAAGAUGAUAAACAUUUAGUAUCUAUUGAAUAUUAUAUUAUUAUAUAAAUAUAAAUAUAUAUUGUAUGUUAUGUAGUAAAUGGCGAGUGUUGAUGUGUCUCUGUGAGAUAUUAAAUAUAAAGAAUAUUUCACGUCGGUCGAUCACAGUUUCUCAACGUCAACAAUUUGAUAGUUUUUAUCUAACAAAAAGUACAACAAUUUUUACCAAUUAAUCUUGUAAUGAGAGUGAAUCAAUGCUCAGUUUAUCGAUACGCACAUUAUAAACAAAAUAAUGACCAUUGAAGCUUCCAAUUAUUGUGACGUUUUUUUCUAACCAGUCACUGUGAUCAGCCUGGUGUGUAUAUAGUCUAUCAGUAAGUUUUCAAUUCAAUAAAUUAUGAGUUUAUUCGUUGGCCCCUGGGGUGUGUACGUGAGCUUUCAGACGUGUCCCUUAGGUUUAAUUAUUAUUUUUUGUACAUAGAUUAGUGAUUUAAGGUACAUUAACGAGAAAAUUGUGGUAAAUUCGUUUCUCUUUCGUACGAUUAGUUGAAUUGUUGAAUGGUUUUUCUUUAGGAUAAGGCAAAACUGCUCUCUGAAAAAUAUGUGAGGACACUUCAUUCAGGAAUUCAGGUUUUAAGAUAAAACUAGAUGAUUUUUCGGUGAAAGUGGGAUUUUUAGCGAGAAAAUAACGUCUUUUUUUGUUAAUUGAGGUUUUAUUUCAUCAGUCACAAUCGUGACAUCCUAUUGUGCUGCCAAUUACUCCUGUGACGACCCACACAUGCAUUUAAUGAUUAAUAUUUGAAAAAAAAAAAAAGCAGGGAGAAUAAUCAGGUUUACACAUCCAAUCAGCUGGGACGCCAGGACAUACUGAUGAUACAAAGCGAAUUGCCUUUUACGUAAUGACAAAGAGUUGCCUUUUAACUAAAUGAUGAUAUGGGGAGACAAUGGGGGGAGGGGGGGAAUUGUGAAAAAUGUUUUAAUGAAUUUUUUGAAAAUGAAAUACAAAGGUUUGUCAGUACUUAAUAUCCCAGUUGCUCCGACGAUUUGUUCUUGUUUUUUUAUUACGAUUGAGGGUUUGAGGCUGGAUUUUUGGGAUUGAGUACCUUGGGAGGAUCAAGUACAAUGAUGAAGUACCUAUUACCAAUUGGGGUGGGAGGGACGGGGAGUGACAACUGCAGAACCUAUUUUUAGGAGGGAUACAGUAAAUUUACGAUAUGCAUAACAUUGAUUACGAGAUAUUUUAACGAAUAAGACUUUAUUAUGAUAGGGAUCAUUGUAAUGACUAUUGUAAUAUGUGGAGAAAAAGGAAAAUUAUGAUGGAUUGACGUAAGGAACUCUAAUGUAACGUUCUGUGAUUCGUUGUUUGUAGGUGAAAUUUAAUAAAAAUCAUGAUGUAUCAUAG